AUGGAGAGCUUCCGAGAAAUCGUUGUUGGCCAGUUCAAGGCCCUACGCCCAUCGUUUCUCGCCAAGAAGCCCCAUUUCAACUUCAUAUCUACACACUACCUAUGGAUAUGCGGCCUUGCCAUAACCGGAUCAAUCGUCCUAUUUUUCUCGGGCCAGCACAACUUGGCCUACAUUGACGCCCUUUUCUUUGCGAGUGGUGCCAGCACCCAGGCGGGGUUGAACACGGUCAAUGUCAACCGCCUCAACACCUUUCAGCAGGUUGUGCUUUACCUCAUGACCAUGUUGGCGAACCCCAUCACGGUCAAUUCGUUUGUCGUCUUCCUCCGGCUUUACUGGUUUGAGAAGCGGUUUCAGCACAUUGUUCGCGAGGCCCGACAGAGAAGGGCCACCUUGUCCAAGUCAAGAUCCAAGUCCAAGGGCGACGUCAUUGAUCCCGAGAAAGGGGUCAAUGGGAGACGCAUUACCGUCAUGCACAAUGGCACCCGAUCGCGCAUCACAAACGACGGCACCCUACUAGAAAACGCUGCUACUACUAGCAAGGCGAGAGAUGGGCCAGCCCUCGAUAACAGCGACGAACCUAAUUUCGAGGGGCAGGCCGAGGGGGGCGGGAAUGGAGAAGAACACGAUGACCGUCGGCAUUCGCAAAUCCCAAAAAUAAAGUUCUCCAAAAUGGUCACGAGGAGCGAUGGUCUUGGGGAGGACGCUCUCAAAAUCCCCCCGUCGCGACCCGACGAGGAUCAUAUUGCCAUUCUCGAGCGGCAGAGAAAGGGGUCCGACGAGGUUCUGCGCAUCCCUAACCCGAGAGACGCUGAACGGGGUAUGCGCCCCAAGCGAGUUGAGCAUGGCGAUGACAUUGAUACUGAACUGCUUUCGCCCCAGAGAGCACAUUUCGACUUAUCAGUGGAGGGGUCGCCUCAGUCUCAGACCUCCGACACUCGCCAGCAGGCCAUCACUAUUGAGGAGCCUGACCGGCGGAAGUUUGAAGAGUUGGAGGAUGAUGAUGAUCCUGUUGUCGAAGACGCUAGAGCCGUCGUCGGUGUGUUAUCAAAUCUGAAGCAUCACUCUUGGGGCCGGAAGAAACAGGCCACCAACAACGAAGGCAAUGUGGAAGCAGCAGCCUCGAGGAGUAGACGUCCGUCCAUCAGCACGCUGCGGACAGCCUUUUCUAGAGACAAGACGAACGAAACCCCCUAUCUGAGCUGGGAGCCGACUAUUGGUCGCAACUCCCAGUUUCCAGACCUUACGGUCGAGCAGAGAGAGGAACUCGGUGGUAUCGAAUAUCGGUCUCUCAAGACGCUUGCUCUGAUCUUGACGUGCUAUUUCUGGCUGUUUUCGGUCUUUGGGGUGGCCUGUCUUGUGCCGUGGAUCCUGAAUAUUGAUAGAUGGGGUCAGGUUGUUGACGACGCAGCGCAAGGCAGGACAUGGUGGGGAUUCUUCACCGCUAACUCGGCUUUCCUGGAUCUGGGCUACACCUUGACCCCCGACAGCAUGAACUCGUUCAACACUGCGGUUUUCCCUUUGCUCUUAAUGAGCUUCCUCAUUGUCAUUGGAAACACGGGAUUUCCCGUCAUGCUUCGGUUCAUUAUCUGGUCCUUGUCGCUCAUUCUUCCCACGGGCACAGGGCUAUAUGAGGAAAUAAGGUUUCUGCUCGACCAUCCACGUCGGUGCUUCACCCUUCUCUUUCCCUCUGGCGCUACCUGGUGGCUCUUUUGGCUUCUUGUCGUUCUCAACGGACUCGAUGUGAUAUUCUUCAUCGUCCUUGACAUCGGCACUCAGCCCCUGGAGGGUUUGCCAACAGGCGGGCUCAAGUUAUUGAACGGACUUUUUGAAGCUGCGUCGACAAGAACGGCCGGUUUCUCAUGCGUCAAUCUGGCGCAGCUCCAUCCCGGUGUUCAAGUCUCGUACAUGAUUAUGAUGUACAUCUCCGUCUUCCCCAUCGCCAUCUCCGUUCGUCGAACAAACGUCUACGAAGAAAAGUCGCUCGGAAUUUACAACAACAACGAGUUUGACGAACAGCAGGCGGGCAACAACGCUUUCUCCUACGUCGGGGCACAUUUGCGACGGCAGCUCUCUUUCGACUUGUGGUAUAUAUUUGUUGGCUUUUUCAUCCUCUCCAUCUCAGAGGGCCCCCGCCUGAUUGAGGGGAGAACAGCAGGAGCAGACGAUGCCAAUAGCUUCUCAAUGUUUGCUGUCCUGUUCGAGAUUGUCAGCGCCUACGGCACCGUCGGCAUGAGCCUCGGCUAUCCCGAUGGAGACGAAUCGCUUUGCUCCCAGUUCAGUGUCGUCGGUAAACUGGUCCUGAUCGCCAUGAUGAUCCGUGGCAGACAUCGCGGUCUGCCAUACGGGCUAGACCGGGCCAUCCUUCUCCCAAGCGAAUCACUCAACCAAAAGGAGGCCGCUGAUGCCGAUGCGAGGAUGGCGCGGCAAUAUUCACACGUAACGGGGGCUGCUGACGGCCGUCGGGCCAGUUUCCGGCGCGCCCGGACCAUGAGUGGCGACCAACGGAGCAACAUUCUUAUCUCGCUGCUGCAUCCGGGACCUUCGCAUGGGGGACCUUCCCGGCUUGAACCACUCACGGCAACCAGCUCGAGGAGAUCCACGGACCCAGCCCACGAGGACGCUACGCCGUACUCAGCAGCGCGUAGUACGUCGCGGGUAGAGUUCGAUAUGGCAUCGCUGCGCCCGCGCGCUACCAACGAAGCGGCCCAAUAA